ACUUCAAUCACAUUAUAAUUUAAAUUACCAUUAUUAGUAAGUAUCACGUGAACUAGUUUUUUUUUUAAAUUGAAAAAGUCCACAGGAAAAAAUGGAUUGUAUCAAGCAAAGAAUAUGCUUUUCGUCGCCGACGGAAUCGGAUAUUAUAUUAGACGGAGAAAACCCGAAUAGCUUCCAAGGUGUUCUUGUGUUUUUUGGCUCGGACAGCGUGGGAAAUACAUUGAUAUUGUGCAUGAAUCAAGAUCGACAAUUACAAACGUCCAGAUCGAUGAUCUACUAUCAAGAUUACACCGGUCAAGAGUUCAGCUAUGAAGAAAAAAACCAAUGUCACGAUUUUAGCAGCUGGAAAAUGCCUAGUCUUCGGUUACAAUGUUUGGUUCCUAUGCAAAAGUGGAGAAUCGUAUUCAACGGUCGUCUCAGCAUUAAGAAUGAAGUACAACAUAGUUGUCAUUUCAAGAUAAACUUAAUAUGGAAGCCUCUCGGGUUUCCCGUUUAUUGCAACAAAUUGAAUGAAUUUUCCAAAGAGGAAAUCGAUGUACAGUGUCAAGACGCGGUGAACACUUUGUUAGGAUUUGACCAGUUCGGUGUUCUCUCUGGGACUUUGGUAGUCGACGGAGAAAGUAAAACUAUUGAUUUGGAUGCUUUAAAGCUGAGACGUUGGGACAUGUCUGUUGGAGAUUCUGUGCUGGCCGGUCGCUUGAACAACAACAGCAAAACGUUCUCGUUACAAAAAUCGAAAAGAUUAAACUGCUGUCGCGGUCAUUUAAAAUCAGCCACUAGUCACGAGUACUUAAAGGAAGCAUGCGACAUGGAAAUUACAGACGGACAGUUUGGCGAGUCUUCACUUAUUAUGCAGCACGGUGACGAUUUAAGUAUUGAUAUGCGCCUAGCAGGUUCGACGGCGGUGUCGUUGGAAAACGUAUCGGUAAUAACCGGAUUCGAAAAUGGACUCGGAGGAAUACUUUUGUACUUUGGAAAUAGAUCACAACGAGAAAUAGAUCCAAUAACGGCGGAUCCGCAAGUAUUGUCCGUCGGUUUAACGGUCAACUUGAAUUCGGCGACAUGUAUGCAUUCGGAUGUAGUUGGAAAUAAAGCAAAAUCUUUAGCAAUAUUAAAGCAAACCGUUGUGGCCGCACGUCGGACAGCUGAUAAUAUCAGCGUACCCGAUGGUAUAUGCAUUACAACGGCCGCCAUGAGAGCACAUUUGGAUGAGAACAAAGUAUUGCUAGACUCUAUACGGUACGCUAUCGAGCUGACAAAGCACUGUGACGACGUUAAGAAACUAUUAGACUGCUGCGACGGGUUAAGAGACCAAUGGCUGUCGUCCGAGGUUAACCGUGAAUUGUCGGACGAAAUUUCUUUGAGUAUAACUGAAAAUCAACCCUAUGCAGUGCGGUCGUCCGGCACGUUCGAAGACGGCGACGUGGCAUCUUCGGCUGGCCAAUAUACCACAAAGUUAGGUUCCGUUGCUUUGGGCUCGAUAAUAUCCGACGUGCUCGAGUGUUGGGCUUCUAAUUUUUCUGCUCACGCUCUGAUCUACAGAAAAAACAACGGACAGCCCUUGAUGUGCGACAUGGCGGUAAUAGUGCAACGGCUGGUCGACGCCGAAUCUGCAGGGGUGUUGUUCACCCGAGAUCCAAUGACGGGCGAUCCCGAGCGAAUAGUCAUCACAUCGUGCACGGGCCUCGGUGAUGACGUUGCUUCGGGAACAGUCACACCGGACACUGUGGUCAUAUCCCGGCAAAGUAUUGCUCGGGUCUCAGAUCCGGACGUGGAAAACUCUAGUGCAAGCCGCACGAGUGCGGCGAAAUUGAGGUCCUUUGAAAAUGUAAUGGUCGAGUUGUCCAAGUUUUGCGUCCGGUUAGAAGAGAUACUCAACUCGCCGGUAGACGUCGAAUGGGCUGUGAUACGGGACCGCAUUUAUCUCGUUCAAUGCAGACCGAUCACGUCUAUAUUCGCUUGGCAGACCAGUGAAAUUGUACGCGAGUUUGAUUCUCCGUUUGCCAGCGAUGACGUUACAAUGUUCUACAACAGCAGAGAUGGGUUUCCUAACGCGGUCCACCCGUUGUCGUUGACCUUGGAUUUUUUUUCGCUGUUUCCACUCUUAAAGUUGACGGAAGGCGAUCCAACAGAUUUUUACCGCAGUAAACAGCUGUUGUACACGAGUUUCAAUUGUUGUCUCAAUGUUUGUCAAAUAUUUCAAGAUUUAGAACCCGGCAGUAUGUACUCGGAUGUAAUACAAUACGCCGUAGCCGGUAAACUGUUCUUAACAGACGAUGUUUGGAAUAAAAUUCUAUUGAAAAAUACCACUAGUAUUGUAAAAAUGUUGAAAAAGUCUAUUUUAACAUUGCAGACAUUAUAUAACGUUAAAUCGCGAUUGGAUGAUGUACAAGAAAAGGUUUUCAAUAUGGACGUAGAAGAGUUGAUCAAAAACGCCAAUACAUCAUCAGAAAUGUUAGAUAGUAUAAGCAUGGUUUUAACACUCUUGGAAGAGGUUACGCUUUGUCACACAGCUUCGAGUUCAAAUAACAUCGUUUUUUAUACGUUGAUUUUAGUAUUCGGUUUUGGAAUAACCAAAGAUUCAACCGAACAAUGUCUGACGAAAUUGGCGUCGUUAGUAGAUAACUCUCAAGUGAUUUCGGCGUUGAUACUUAAAGAUUUACAGGGUGUAGCUAGCGUGUUGUCCGGGAAAAUAGACAAGCAAAUAUUUUGUAACUUGCCCGUACAGCAGUGUCAUUCUUGGUUAAAGGAUAACUGCGAAGAAGGCUAUCGGCUCGUGGAAGAAUUCAUAAGAAAAUACGGCCACCGCGGUGUUCAAGAGUUGGAUUUAGGUUCCGAAACAUGGUCGACCGAUCCUGACCGUUUGUAUUGUUGUCUUCGGACGUUGCUAUUAAUCGAAAACCACCAACCGAGAAUCGAGGAAACCCAAAAUCCACAGCCCCACAAAGAUAACGUGCCCGGAGGUUUUUUUAGAAAGUAUUGCUCGAGCUACUUGUUGACCAGAUACCAAACGAGUAUCUUGUGCAGAGAACAGUCUAAAGAUUUGUUGGUUUCGACGACACACAAGUUGCGUUUGUGCUAUUUGAAACUCGGUCGAAUGCUGGUGGACGAGGGAAAAAUGACGGAUCCUAAAUUAUUGUUUUUCAUGUCCCAACACGAACUGCAGACGGUUUGUAAACACCGCCGUUGCUUUGCCGUCGUUCACAGAGCGAUGAAAAGAAAACAAAUAUGGCCCACAUUGUCUUCGCUGCAGUUCGAAGACGUCAACAUCGGGACACCAGUGUGUAAACAACUAGACUCGAGCUCGAAGUCGUCGCCCGCGUUGCGUUCGAAACGUUUCGCGGGUUUUCCCAUCUAUCCCGGACGGGUGGUGAACCGGGCUUGUGUCCUGGAACACAUCGGGCAAGCCGGCAACUUGAGGUCGGGAGACGUACUGUUUGUCAAGUCCAUCGACGUGGCUUGGUCCGUUUAUUUCCCAAUCAUUUCCGGUCUGGCGACCGAAAUCGGAGGUGUCAUAUCUCACGGAGCUGUCGUGGCCAGGGAAUACGGGUUGCCUUGUCUCAUAGGAGUGUCCGACAUUACACGUUACAUUAAAACGGGCGAUAUGGUAGUCUUGGACUCUGAAAACGGAUUCGUACAAUUGCACGACGGCAAAUAAACACCACGCUGUAAUCGGAUCACACAAUACAUAAUAUAUUCUAUAUAUAUAUAUUAAUAUUAUAAAUAACU